AGAAAUUCAGUUUCAAGAAACUUACAACUUUCACCACAACAAAAGAAAAGGUGUAAGAGGGUGGACCUAACGCAAUUUAAGAAGUAGUUUCCCUUGGGAAUAAGGGUUGCUGUCAGAAUGGAGGCCACCGGCUCUGACAAGGCUAUAAUCCUGAACAAGAAGAAAUGGGAGGAUGCUAUCAAACACUGAAAAUUCCCUGAGGUCAGAGCUGAGUUACCUGAACUUAACACAGACAGACUGAAGAUGGCCAGGAUUUUGGUUGGCAAAGCCAUUGAGAUGAAGAAGAUAUUCUCCAUCCAAGGUCCAUAUCCUGUCAUCAGGGCAGCUCUGAGGGCAAGGGGCUGGAUUGAACGUUGCAUGUAUGGUUCUAAGCAACAGGCCCAGAAGCGUCACAGCAGUGGAACCAGCUCCUUGAAAUAUAACGACACCUUAGAGGAUGCUGAGAAAGAACCAAAUCCAGAUCAACUGCACAGUCUCAUGUCUCGCCUUGUGAAGAAUGAGAUGGUUUAUUUCUAUUGGACCAGAGAUGCAAUCAACCCAAACAGCUUGCAGAAAAACCAAAUCAUCAAUCAUUUCGCUAAUGCAGGCACUUUUACCACUAAAGUGGGGUUGUGUGUGAACUUAAGGAACCUUCACUGGUUUGACACAGCAGACCCAGGCACCUUCUUCCCUCGGUGUUACAGCCUUACAGAGGAGGAUGAAAGGCAGGCCUUCAUUGAGGACUUCAGGCGAACAGCUUGCACCAGUCUUCUGAGGUUAAUUGUGGAGAGAGACCAGGAUCUUCAUAGUAGGAUUAUUUCUCACAAGUUUGCCUCCAGCAUUUGGCAGAAGAAAGAGAUCAACCACUGCUCUGAGCAAUCGCUCCCUUCCCAAAUGAUUUACAGCGCCCUAAAAGUUUGCCAUGAGUACCUGGAAAAGCUGGAGCACAAAGACAUUGAUAAAACUUUUAAAACACCACAGACGCUCACACAGGAUCAGUGGGCAGAGUUUUUAAACAGUUAUUAUCUGGUUGCUCAUGAUGGAGUACAGAUUAAAGGAAGCAAACAUCUGGUCAAUUCUUGUAAGGCCAUGCUGCAGCAACUGGAGAAGGUCAACCCACAGCUGGGCAUCGAUGGCAAACAAAACAUCUGGAUUAUCAAACCUGUGGCAAUGUCCAGGGGCCGAGGCAUAAAAUGUGUAAAACAUCUUGAUCAGAUCCUCAGGCCAGUGGACAAGUAUUCAGCAAUUACCAGCCCCAGUAGGUGGGUGGUGCAGAAGUACAUUGAGCAGCCCUUUCUGGUCCAUGGUACCAAGUUUGAUAUUCGCCAAUGGUUUCUGGUCACUGACUGGAACCCUCUGACUGUGUGGUUCUACAAAAAGUGCUAUUUGCGCUUUUCCACCCAACCUUUCUCUUUAGACACACUGGACAGCUCGGUGCACUUAUGCAAUAACUCCAUCCAGAGGCACUUGAGGCCCUCUCAACAACGGCAUUGGAACAUUCCAGCACACAACAUGUGGUUGGAUGACCAGCUUAAAGCCUUCCUGGCUGAGCAGGGGAAGGAAGCCCUCUGGGAGACUGUUGCUGUCCCAGGAAUGAAGACAAGCAUUAUCCACGCAUUACAGACAGUACAGGAUCAGAUAGGGUCACGCAAAAACACGUUUGAGCUGUAUGGUGCUGAUUUUAUGUUAGAUCUUAGCCUGAACCCAUGGUUAAUAGAAAUCAACACUAGCCCAGCAAUGGCGCCCUCAACCUCUGUGACUGCCCAGCUCUGUGCUGCUGUGCAGGAGGACACAUUACGAGUGGUUCUGGACUGGAGAGUUGAUUGUUCUGCAAACACAGGAGACUUUGAACUCAUAUAUAGGCAGGCAGCAGUAGAUGUCCCUCAGUAUUUGGGAGCCAACCUGAUUGUUGAGGGCUUUGCUGUUAAAAACACUUGCCCUCUUCCUCUACUGAGGCCAUCCAACCAUUCAGCUUCAAAAUCGGGGGGUCCAGGCAAAGUGAAGGAGUCUACAGUGGAGAAACUUCCCCCUUUGCCAAAAGUGGUCCUAAAGAGAGCAGAGAGCAUGACCAAAAGCAGAAAAGCGAUGAUAUGUCCCACUCUUCCUUCUGAAUCAAGUGUGCACAAACCAGUUCAUAACAUCAAAGUUAAAUGCAAAUGAAAG